ACGUGACGGUAACGUCUCUGCUCUCUAUACUUACUUUGUUCUGAACACCCACUGUAACUAACUUAUAUAAAUCUACGGCUUUCUGUCAACCAAAUGCAAGGAUGCUGAAGGUCAUCCCCCGAAUAUACCGUUACCGAUGGCUACCAUCCUCAAUACCAGAGUUCAAUGGAACUUCCUGUACCACUAUAUCACAGAGGCACUAUAGCUCUCAGACCGGGCAACCCAUCACUAGCCCUGUAGAUUCGUCGUCACAGUCAAUCUCAGCAUCUGGCCCAGGCUCAAUAUCCUUUUCUCAUCCGAAAGACCCAAGAUCUGGACACGGAUAUUCCGACCUUAAUCCUGCCCCACCGUCAUCUUCGCCUCCACCCGAGGACGCUUUGUCUCUUCCUACGACCCUUUCAGGUCCACCUGCAUGCGCUUACCAACCAAAUCCUCAACAGUCAUAUGCAGUCCCUCCAUUCCACACACAUGCCUUCGUAGCCGCGCUCGAGAAGUCCUUCCCCACGCCCACAGCGCGAAGUCUGAUGAGGGCUACGCGUGCUUUGCUCGUGGACAGAAUAGAUCGCGUAAGGCGGGAAGGCCUCACGGUUAAAGAUUUGGAUAAUCAAGCAUAUUUAUUCCGUGCAGCGCUUUCUGAGCUUCGCGCAGAGCAAACCGCAAGAUCUCGUAAUGAAAGCGCGACAAUACGCUCUGCCACAGCUGCGUUGCGCCGAGAAGUCGAUCGUUUGGAUGUCAAGAUGAAAGAAGACCUUGGUACCUUGAAACAUGACAUACAAAUGGAGCUUGACACUCGCAAGAAUGAGUCAAAGGCACAGCUGAAACAACAGACAAUCGCAAUUGAGGAAGUCCUGAAUAAGGCGAUCAUAACGCUCAGUGACCUCCGCGCAAACAUGGAAGAGGUAAAAUGGAAUAACAUGCGUCAAGCUGUUGGUACGUUUUGCUCAUUUGUUUACGUCAAAUCACCGAUUCUUAGCAACGGUAUAGCUGCACUGGGCGCUUUUGUUCUAUCAAUUGUUAUCGGCAUGGAACUGUAUACAUUCAGACAACCGAAGCCGCCGCCCCCGGCUGUGUUGAAGGAAAGAUCACAUCCAAACGGUGAGGCGGUGUCUCAGGUGUCAUAGCACACAGCUCCAAGGCGCAGGCUUUACCGCAUCACUCCUAGGCCUUAUCGCUCACACGGACGUGCAGAUAAGAUAAGUCGCUAUCAUACAUCCACAUUCAUCUAUACCGUCUACAGCUUGAACAUCUACAUAGAGAAAGGAACAGCCGCAUAGAUUGUUGUACAUAUAAAGAUACUAAUUUUAUGCUGCUCAUAAUCGUAACACCUAUUAUUUGUUACCUGCCACUCUCGUUUUAGACUGACAUCCUGUACCCCAAGUAGCUCUAGAGACAUUCCAAAUCAAAGAACAUGAUCAUUUGACUUGUAGCUUCUCAAGUUUGUCCGAAAGCUCGACAGUGCUCUGAUUUGUUGAUGUUGGAUUUGAAUUUGAAUUUGGUGCGGAGGCUCGGUUUGCCUUGUCUUCAGCGUGCGAUCCCGUUGUUGCCACAUCGUUCGUGCUGGUCUUC